AUACCACCAACUGUGAUGAGAACACCAGGAAGCACUACAACGAUUACGUAAUCGUUCUCAAGGCCACGUUAUCGCAACAUUUCAAUCGUUAUCUACGGCAUGUGUUCUGGUGCUCUUCGCGCUUGUAACUACGAUCGACCUGUCCAGUUACACCAUAGCGUUGAAUGAACAGCCACCAAUUAUUGAAAAGAAAUCCAUUACUCAUUUACACGCAAAAGAUCCUUCAAUCAUCGUAUUAAUCUUUCAGAGAAUAGGUCAGGUAACCUCUCUUUCCAGCCCAGAAGCUCAAUAACUAUUUUCGAUCAAUUCUCAAUCAUGGCGCCUGGUUUCAAUACCAAAUCUCCCACGUUGAAGCGCAUCAUGAAAGAAGCCGCCGAACUCUCACAACAUCCAUCUCCAGACUACACAGCUUCCCCGGCUUCAGAUACCGAUCUGUUUGAUUGGCACUUCACAUUGCGCGGCCCUCCAUCCUCAUCUUUCGCCGAGGGUAUCUAUCAUGGACGCAUCGUUUUGCCUCCCCAAUAUCCUCUUCGACCUCCUUCCUUUAGAUUUUUGACGCCCAGUGGAAGAUUCGAGGUGAAUCGUGAGAUCUGUUUAAGUAUAAGUGGGCAUCAUGAGGAAACCUGGCAGCCUGCGUGGGGAAUACGAACCGCCUUAGUAGCUCUUAGAUCCUUUAUGGAAACUAGUCCUUCAGGACAAUUAGGAGGGGUUGAUGCGAGCGACAGCGUUAGAAAGAGAAUAGCAGGGGAGAGUAGGGGGUGGAAGUGCGGCGUUUGUGGUGGAAGGAGCUGCGAGGAGAUUUUAGGAGAAGCAGAACAACUUGCGAAGGAGCUGGAGGGUGAAGGAACGAGUUCAAAUAGAGAAGAGGAGAUAGUACCACCUGACAUGCAAAUAGGGCUCAAGAAGGAGACUAAAGCGGAAACGGGAUCAAACCAGGAAAUCGAUGAAGGAAAUAGUAAAUCUACAGAGGAGGUAAAGCCGGCACAGGCUGAGAGUGAGUGUCCACCUGCGAGGCCAGCGCAAACGGUACCUCAACCCACAGCUACGAUACCACAUCCUCAACAUCCUCAACCUCAAAGACAAAUGGCACAAGCUCGUGUCCAGUCAGACCAAGGUGUACCCGUAUGGGUCGAUCGGGCUAUUGCUGGAAUAGUAUUAUGCUUAGUAGUCAUGGUUUUGAAGAUGCUAUUGGGAAAAUAAACAGGGCUUCAGGGUGUUUUAGUUCAGGGAUUUUUCGGAUAAAUAUAUUGUUGGGUCGGGAGGAAUGAUGACAAGGCGUUAUUCCGCUGGGCGGGUAUGGAUCUAGUAGGCGUUUCC